AUGGCAAAGAAAAGUGGAAAACUUCCACUUGGGAAAAGCCCAAGACCAACACUCCAACACCUCAAGCCAAGUUCAACUACAAAGCCAAGGGUGAAGAUAAGGCUAAAGGAGUUCCAAAGAAGAGGGCACUAUGCAAGUGGUUGUCCCAAUCGGAGGACAAUUACUAUUGUGAGGGAGAAGUACCGAACCGAUGAUGAAGAUGAGAGUGGGAAUGGUAAUGAUGACGAGGGAGAAAGAAUUGAGUAUGAGGGUGAUUCCGAUGAAGAGGUUGAGAUAAGUUAUAAAGAAGCCUUGAAUCAUGCUAUUGUGACUAGAAGAGCCAUGAGGGCUCUAGCUAGGGAAGAGAGUGACCAAAGGGAGAAUUUGUUCCAUGCAAGGUGUAAAAUUGUGGACAAGGUGUAUUCCUUGAUUAUUGAUGGUGGGAGUUCUUGCCAUCUAUUGCUUGGAAGACCUUGGCAAUUUGAUAUUGAUGCCCAACAUAGUAGGAGAACUAACAAGUACUCAUUUGUGGUCAAGGGGAAAAAGUACAUUCUUAACCCACUAACCUCUUACCAAGUGAGUGAGGAUUAUAGAGUGACGAGGGAGCUUCGGGAAAAGUAUCAAAAGGAAGACAAGGAGAAUAGUAAGAGGGAGACUUUAUUGGUCAUAAGUGGAGAGGGAACAUCUCAGGAUGGUUCCAAGAAAUGUUUGUUGGCCAAAACAAGUAAUUGCUUAAAGGGGCUUGAUGAGAGGCACUUCAUGGUGUGUCUUGUCAACAAGGACCUUUUCUUAAAUGCUAACCAAGAUACUAGCACUUUUCCUAGUAGUAUAUCUUCUCUUUUGAGCAAUUCGGAGGAAACAAAAGAGUUGCGAAGACAAGUUGAGGAGCUACUCAAGAAGGGUCUAGUCAAGGAAAGCCUUAGCCCAUGUGCCGCACCGGUGAUUCUUGUUCCAAAAAAGGAUGGCACUUGGAGGAUGUGCAUCGAUUGUAGAGCCGUUAACAAAAUCACGGUAAAGUAUAGACAUCCCAUUCGUAGACUCAAUGAUAUGUUAGAUGAACUUUGUGGCUCUAAUUUGUUUUCAAAAAUUGAUCUUAGAAGUGGUUAUCACCAAAUUCGUACAAAUCUGGGUGAUGAAUGGAAAACGGCCUUUAAGACCAAGUUUGGUCUAUAUGAAUGGCUUGUUAUGCCAUUUGGCUUAACCAAUGCACCUAGCACUUUCAUGCGCCUAAUGAACUAUGUUUUGAAACCCUUUAUAAAUAACUUUGUUGUUGUCUACUUUGAUGAUAUUCUUGUUUAUAACAAAUCUAUGGAAGAACAUGUGAGCCAUUUAAGGCUAGUGUUUGAUGUCUUAAUGCAUAAGAAGUUGUUUGCUAACAUGAAGAAUUGUGCUUUUGGGGUUGACAAAGUGGUGUUCUCAGGUUUUGUGGUAAGUGUCCAUGGUGUUGAGGUUGAUGAAGAAAAGGUGGAAUCCAUUAGAACUUGGCCAACUCCCAAAAAUGCAACCGAUGUGAGGAGUUUCCAUGGGUUGGCAAGUUUCUAUAGAAGAUUUGUAAAGGUCUUUAAUACAAUUACCUCUCCAAUGACCAAAUUGAUUAAAAAGGAGGUUCCUUUUGUGUGA